AUGUCUGCCCGUCGUCCUCAUGGACAGAGCUACGCGGAUGUUGCGUCUAAGCCUCCAACAACGAGCGACUCGGACGUGACGCCUGCUGUUCCAUCAGACGUCAUCUACAAGCUGCUGGGCUUCACGGCCGCCAUGGCCUUCCUGCCCAUCGCAAUGUAUUUUCUGACGGUGAAGACAAUCUUCGGAGGAAACGCAACAUAUUCUGGAAUAACUGCGGCCGUUACGGCCAACGUGGUCUUGUUCGCCUACAUCUACGUCGCCUGGAAGGAAGACCAGGGUGACAGACAAGAAGCAGAAAAGUCCAAGUCGAAGAAAGCGCAAUAG